AUGUCUCUCAUUGGACGUGCUACGCACAGCGAGAUGAAAACUUCCUUUUAUGCUUAUAAGCCCUCCCUAGCAGUGGCAAUUGUCGCUGCUGUCUUUUACACCGUUGCUUUUCUGUUGACGGCUAUACAAUGGAUCCGGCACAGGGCCUGGGUCUGGAGCAUUAUGGUGCUCGCAGCAGCCAUGGAAGCGAUUGGUUACAUUGCCCGAUGCGCCUCAGUCCAAAACACGUCAGAGAGACCCGUUUAUGUUCUUCAAUUUUCCCUCAUCAUCCUUGCACCUGUCCUCAUGGCAGCGUGUUGCUAUGUCAUAUUUAGUCGGAUUCUGUUCCUCGUCGUUCCUCAAGAGGCAAGGACAUUUCGGCUGUGCUGGAUACCUCCCCGAUUCAUUACACCUAUCUUCGUUGGGUGUGAUAUCUUCGCUCUGUUACUCCAGCUUAGCGGCGCGGUGAUGAUAUCUUCAGUCGAGGCCACAGACAAGGAUGCGAAAGACAAGCUCGACACGGGGAAACACGUUGCACAAGCAGGUGUCAUUAUCCAGCUGGUUGCCUUUGGAUUGUUUGCCGUCGCAGCUGUCCGUUUCAACUUCACUUCCAAGCGCUUCACUAGGUUUCUGAGUGAGCGAUAUGAGAAUGUUGGAGAGAAGGGGUACAUCAUUGAUGGUGUUGUCAAAGAUAAUAACUGGCCUGCUCUACUGCGAGUUGUCAAUCUCACCACGAUAUUAAUUCUUGUUCGGUCUAUCUAUCGACUUGUGGAAUUCACCGAAGGUACAACGGGAUAUGUGAGUACUCAUGAGUGGCCCAUGUAUGUCUUUGAUGCGCUGUGUAUAUAUCCGUGUGUUGCCCUUUUCGUAUACUGGCACCCAGGAAGAUAUUUGCCGUACUUGGGGUUCCGACUGCCAAAGGGUGCGCAUGGCAGCAUGAACUGCGAGAUCAUCAUGGAGGGACUAUUCACUUUGCUCGCCCUGAGCAUUGUGAUGGCAAUUACAUCCUUUGUCGUCGGCUCAUUACCUCUGGCUUUCACACUGUCCCCCUCUCAACUCCGCUUAAUAUCGUCCAUUGGUAUGGGCGUUCUGGUGGGGACGUCGUUGAUCGUCAUUAUCCCCGAGGGCAUUGAAACCCUCUACAGCGCCAACUCUCUCACUCACAAGCAACACAAUACGCGGGCUACCGCUAUUGAAUGGCAGCACCAGGCCCCCGCCGUGGCAGCCACACAGUGCCUCGAACCUCCCGUCCGAUACCCUGUCCCGGGUCUCAUUCUGGAAAGAGACCAACUCUCCGAGUCGCAAACACUUUAUGUGCGAAAGGAGGAUUCGACAGAUGAAACAACGGGCAAGGACACAAUUCACGGAGAGGAGGAGAGUUCGCCGCAUGCGUGGGUCGGAAUCGCCCUCAUCAGUGGUUUCAUUUUGAUGUACCUCGUCGAUAAACUGCCCGGAUUCGCAGCGCCGUCUAAGAGCGAACGGACCCCUUACCAUAUUUCUUUGGAUAACCUUGGAUCGGGGUUGCGGCGGGGUUCCUCCCCGUCGCGCGAGGGUGGAUUGCUUGAUGCGAACCAUGCAUCCAGAUGUGGCCACAGCUUCGCGACCACGACCGGCCUAGUGAUCCACGCCGCGGCUGAUGGCAUUGCUCUAGGCGCUUCCAGCUCGGAUGCCGGGCUCAGUUUUAUUAUCUUCUUGGCGAUCAUGGUGCAUAAGGCCCCGGCAUCUUUCGGAUUGACAUCCGUCCUACUCAAGCAAGGGCUGUCAAGUCGCACCGCGAGAGCUCAUUUGCUGGUAUUCAGUCUGGCAGCUCCUUUCGGUGCCUUGGCCACUUUCCUCUUUGUACAGAUGACGGGAUCUUCCGGUGCUGAUGAGGCAGGAACUCACUGGCGCACUGGAAUGCUACUGCUUUUCUCUGGGGGUACCUUCUUGUAUGUUGCGAUGCACACCAUGCAAGAAAACGGCCCGGGCUCAUCCCCGCGCGAACUUCCUAUCAACGGAUAUGGCGACCGAGACCAGAAUGGAUCGGACAAGUCCAUGAGAGACUUGAUCGCAUCUGUUUUGGGCAUGAUCUUGCCGCUAUUCUUGCAGAUUGGACAUGCUCACUGAGCAAGUGCCGUGUGUAUUCCUUGGGGAUAUGCCACAGUGCUUUUACAUUUUCG